AUGUCGCACGUCACAGAGCAUCCUUUUCGUGCGAAACGAAGAAAGCUUGACGAGGACUCUCAGGAGAACAGCGAGGCAACAAUUAAAAACCCCUCCCAGCUGCGCAACCUGCUCGCUUUCCAGCAGAAUCCUCCGGCCGCUAAGCAAGGAAUAAUCAAAUUUAAGGAGUUUUUGAAUUCUAUUCACGACCCUGAGAAGGAGAAUGAAAAGGCCCAGAAGCUCCAAGUCUUGAAAGGCUAUUGCGAUAAGCAAAUCUCCCCGGGCAAAGAGGAGGAAGAUUCCGUCUGCUUUCCAGACCUCAUCCAGACCUGGAGCCUGGGCGACAGCAGCAACCAUGACUCUCUGCUGACCAACGUUCCCUCGGUUCUUGCCAUCUUCCUUAAGACCAUCUCCCGCGAGCUUGAGUUCCGGGAGUUCGGACUGGCGCUGUGCAAGCAUUUGCUGCAGAAGGACCAACUGAGACUCUUCAACCGUGGCCUUACAGCCACCAAGUCUAAAGAGCACCUCAUCUCGCCUUGCCUUCGUCUUCUUACGGAGAUCGUUACAUUUGAUGGAGGUGCUGUUGCCAGGCAACUCUACAACCGCCGUUACAUCACCUUCAAGCGCCUUGAAGUCUUUUUGACGCCUAACAAGGCCCAGCUUGAGACCUCGGAGGACGAAACUCAAAAGUCGACUUUGCGAAGAAACGCCCAGCGGUAUCUGCUUGCGAAUUUAAGGGUUCAACAUGAGCUCGAGAAGAGCGACAUCAUUGAGCAACACAAGCUCACCCGAGCGUUCCUCGACUACAUUCGGAAAGACUCCCGGCAUGUUGCCCUGGAAAUUAUCAGGGCUAUUGAGAAGGACAUCGUGCAAGACGCCUCGCUGUCGCGCAAAUCGAAGAGCAAGUUUUUCAAUCGGUUCAACCUGGAGAAGCUGGUGACGCUCUAUGGCUAUGAUCGCGAAUCAGAAGAGCCCAAUCCGGAAAACAUCUCGAUUGCGAAUGAGAUACACAAACUUUUGAUGACUAUCUGCAAGACUGCGGGUCUUGGCGUUCUUCUUCCUGAGACAGGCUGGUAUCCGGUCGGAACCGAUCCCGAAACCCUCCCCGUCGAGGACGACGGCUGCAUUGAGUUGGGUCUCGACUCACCUGUCUAUGUUGACAAGUACCGGGAAUCUGUUCCUGUCCGAAACAACUCUCUUUCAUACCUUAUCCAAUGUCUUCGUCCCGACGUGGAUAGUCUGCAGAUUGAACUGCUGGUGACAAUCUUCAAGGCGGCGCCGGAGUUGAUCGCCGACUUCUACUCCAAGAAGACCAUGUUCACCGCGGAUCCUAAAGCAACCCCUUCGUGGAUGGCUGAAUCCGCCUUGCUCUUCUCCACUGUUCAGCUGCCUGUCCCUACAAACUGUGGCUGGAGAGAAAGACAGCCCAUUCUGCCGCCGCCAGUCUCGAUCGUCAUUGAAAACAUCCUCCCCCGUCCCAUGAGCCAGAAGGUCAUGGCUCGGUGCUUGAACCAGAAUGCGGAGAUUAUCACUCUCUUCGCUGUGCGUAUCUUGACACUUGCGUUCAACAAAUUGCGCUCCGUUCUGAAGAUCUUCCGAGCUGAACAUGGACACGCCCAAUUGUUCUGGAACCAGGCCUCCUCCAAACUGCUCGCUGAGUUUUCUCGCCGGUGCCCCGCCGUGAAGGAUGUGAUUCUUCUUUUCCGGCGAACAGCCAAAGAGGAUAUGCAGCAGCAAGACGCCGUUGCGGAAUUAUUGACCUGCUACUAUGAAGUGAUGCCCGACAUUGCGUUGGAGGAAACCUUCGAUGUUUCGCUGGUUUUGGUGGACGUGCUCAAGCGAUUGGAAGAGCCGGAAGUCAGCUCUGAAGAUUCCGAGCUUCUUUUGAGCCAGUUGCAGAGCGUCCUGCAAAUCGCACAGCAGUCUGCUUCCAUGCGUUGGUGGCAAAAGCCAGCUUCCAUGCAAUAUUCUCCUUUUACAUCGAUUCUCAAAGUCCUUGUGGAGACCUCAGACAAGGAUUCCUCACGCCGCAUCUCUAUCCUUCUGAGAACUGUCCUUGCGGAGAGCUUUGUUCUUCGGAACUCGCCGCGGUCAUUCAAUUCUCUCUUGUCAAGCCUCGAAGAUUCCGAGGCCGGAACCCUCCAUAAGCAAUUGAUUUUCUUCGACAAUUGCGUGUCUCGGGUUGCCAAGAAGCCUGUUCACUAUGUGGACCUGCUUGAGUCUCUAUCCGAAGAUGCUGCCAACAAUUUGAGCCCCCUCGUUGCGGCGAUAGUCGAGCAGUGGCCUUUCGUCAUCAAGGCAGGAGAUGAAACGACCGAAAUUGCCGUUGGAUCGUGGAUUGCUAAGCUCUUCGGACAAUUGAAGCAGGGCGGCGAGAGUGAAAGUGCACUAAAGGCUGCUCGCGAUGCUUUGAUCGAGGCCACCGAGGCCAAGAAGCCCCGGUCUCAGUUCAAGAAAUGUCUCAAGGAGUCAGAAGAUGCAGACGAUGAUGACAAGAUGGACAUUGAUUCUGCGCCGACCCAGGUAGCUUCGUCCGUCAACGCAGAGGUGGACCUCGAUGAGAUCUUUGGCUUCCUACCUACCGAAGCCACAACGCACAACGCAUUGCACAAGUGGGAACGAGUGGAUGAAGAGGAAGCAGUGGAACAAGGCCACAUUGCUGAGCUGAUGCUAUGCCUGUGUUCUGAGCAUGAGGAAGUUCGACGACAGGCAUUUGCCAAUCUUGCACGGUUCAUGGCAAAGCUGAAGGAAUCUAAAUAUACUGAAUGGCGCUGCGUGUAUACGCUCACAGGCGAACUGCUGGAAACAGUCAACGGUAUUGGCCUCGACAAGCCCGUUCCGUGGAUCAUUGGUGAAUGUGCCUCCAACUGCCUAUCAGUCCUGAUAAACCCCCUACACAAGGUGUAUGGCAAGGUCAACAAGUUCUUGCAAAAGGCCCCAGUCUGGGAAUUGGAGAAGAUCCCGUCCUACUGGAUCGACAAGAUCUUCUUGCACGAGCCCGAGCUUGAUGAUGGGUAUUUCGACGAGAUCGACUGGCUGCUAGGACUAUUCGUGAAAAGUCUUCGUAGCAAGGCUGAUAUGGAGAUUUACCGUCGCGCAAACGUCUUCGAGCGCAUCCUCUCUCUUUACCAAUCCCCAAGCCUGGGUUCCGCGAGCCAGCGUAAGAUUUUGCAUGUCAUCUACCGGGCAGCGCAGGUCGGCGGCAGCACAACCCUGAUCACUCGUGCGGCCGUCAUCAGUUGGAUCCAGCUUCAGAUCGCCGAAGCUGACGGAAAGGAGGCUGCCCUGCUCUCGGCUUUGGCCCGGACCCUCUACGAAACGUCCGAUCGCGAGCGGGUCGAUGCUUGGAGUAACGGCACCCUUGAGUCUACGAUUGAGAAGAUUACACAGGCAUGA